GAACAAGCGAGACACAGCUGUAGGCAGUUUGACUUUGUUCGAGAACACAUUGUUUUACAGUCAUUUGUCUUCUGUGGUUCCCGCGUAAAAACCGAAACAAAUGAAUACCAAGAAUUUAAUAAUUGCUUUUGCAAUUGUUUACGUCACUACAGGAAUCGCCGUAGGCGUGGGGCUCUAUUAUGCCGGCUACAAUGCCGAUCAUUCGCCUGCCCCAAAGCGAGACGUGUUCCAAGAAUUACAGGACGAAAUAUCUGCCAGCAAAAUAGACGAAUACCUCAAACAUUUGAGCAGUGUUCCCCAUUUGGCUGGGACUGAGCAAGAUUUGCAACAGGCGGAAUGGCUUGGAGACAAUUUUCAAACAUCGGGACUGGAUCGAGUCGUAGUUGUCCCAUAUCACGUCUUGCUCUCUUAUCCCAACAUGACGCACCCGAAUAAGAUUUAUUUGUUUGACGAUAAGGGCAACGCCAACUUUACCACGUCUGGCAAGCAAACGCCACUCAGCCAGCCAGAAGAAAGUUCUCCAUUGGCAGCACCUAAUUUCAACGCCUAUUCGGGACAAACCGGUGAAAUUGAAUCUGAUGGACUUGUCUACGUUCAUUACGGACAACAAGAGGAUUACGAUUAUCUGAAAAGCGUCGGUAUCGAUGUGACGGGCACAAUUGUACUGGCUCGUUAUGGCGCUUCAUUCCGUGGCAAUAUCGUGGAUUUGGCACAGAAACAAGGAGCUAAGGGUGUGUUGUUGUAUUCAGAUCCGAAAGAUUUCGCCCAGCGAGGAAGGAAUGAAGUCUAUCCGGAUUCGUGGUGGAUGCCGGGCAUGGCCGUCCAGUCCGGUACCGUUUAUCUGGCCAACGGAGAUCCCUUGACACCUUUCUAUCCGGCCAUUGAAAGUGCUUACCGCAUAGACGAGUCGGAAGCUUUAUUGCCGUCCAUUCCUGUCCAGCCAAUCGGAUACGAUGAAGCGGAAGUGUUGCUCAGAGCCAUGAACGGUCCACUUGCUCCGGAGAAAUGGCGUGGCGAUCUCAACACUCCUUAUUCACUCGGCCCAGGAUUCCAGUACGGUUCCGGCUGGAAAAUCAAGAUGAACAUGUUAACGGCCAACAAAAUGGUGACCACUUACAACACGAUCGGAAUGUUGUACGGCGAACAAGAGUCAGAUCGUUACGUUUUGGUGGGCAACCACCGCGACGCUUGGGUACUCGGCGCUCUGGACCCGUCCAGCGGAACAGCCUGCAUGUUGGAAAUGGCCAGAGCUUUUGGCAAAAUGAAACAAGAUUACGGAUGGAGGCCGAGAAGGAGUUUAGUGUUUUGCAGUUGGGGGGCAGAAGAGUACGGCCUAAUCGGCUCAUACGAGUGGGUCGAACAGCACGCCAAAGUGUUGAGCCACAGAGCUGUGGCUUAUCUCAACGUCGACAUUGCCGUCGAAGGUACUUAUUCGCUGUGGGGAUCCGGUGCUCCGCUGAUGAACAAAGUUUAUUUGGAGAGUUCCAAAAAGGUCGCCAAUCCGAAUGCUACAGAAGUGAACGAAGGACGUCCAACGGUGUUUGAUACUUGGGUUCACCGUUACCCGGACGCCAAUCACCCCACCAAACCCAGAGUGGGCAUUUUAGGUAGCGGCAGCGAUUACACGGCGUUUAUGCACGUCUUGGGCGUGCCUUCCAUUGACAUCCGAUACACUUACGAAGAGGAGAUUGGAUCUUAUCCACUUUACCAUACGUUGUACGAGACGCAUCAUCUGCUGGCCGACAUCAUGGACAAGGGUUUCGUGUACCAUCGGGCCGUCACACAACUCUGGACGGAGGUGGCUCGCAAUUUACUCGAGUCUGUUGUCCUGCCCAUGGACCUCGAUUGGUACGCCACUUAUCUAAACGAGAGCGUGGUCGGCAUCAGGAAUCGUUACGGUGCCCAGUUGGAGGCCAAUCAAGCCACGUUGACUCAUUUCGAACGGGCCGUUGGUAAUUUUGCCGUAGCGACGCGCCGUUUCCAGGAUACGUCACUCGCCAAACUUGAUCCUAACGAUGUUUUGGCUGUACGACGAGUCAACGAUCAGCUAAUGCAACUGGAACGACAUUUUAUCGAACCACAUGGACUACCUAAUCGUCCCGAAUACAAUCACAUUGUGUUUGCUCCGAGUUCCAGCGAUGGCUAUUCGAGUAGCAGUUUCUCCGGAUUGACGGAUCUGCUCGAAGCCGUUGGUAACGAAACGGAAGUACAAAGACCAAAGGAAUGGGCGCAAAUCAAACAGCAUCUGUCUGUAAUCGCCUUCUUCAUCGAUGCGGCUGGCGAAUCGUUGAACGAUUACCUUUAAAAGAAUGCACGAAAAGAAUA